GCUCCUCACCCCAAUGUUCUCCUCCCCACAGUCCAUAAUGAUGAAUGGGUCCGAGCUCGGCAGCCCGACGGGAUCCAGCCCCAAAUCCAAAGAGGACCAAGUAGUGAACGGGCACGAUGAGAAGGAGAACAACCCCUUUGCAGAGUACAUGUGGAUGGAGAACGAAGAAGACUUCAACAGACAGGUGGAGGAGGAGCUGCAGGAGCAGGAGUUCCUCGACCGCUGCUUCCAGGAGAUGCUGGAGGAGGAGGACCAGGACUGGUUCAUCCCAUCCCGGGACCUGCCCCAGGGCAUGGGGCAGCUGCAGCAGCAGCUCAAUGGGCUCUCGGUGUGCGACGGCCACGGUUCAGAGGACAUCCUGAGCAAAAGCAACUUGAAUCCAGAUGCCAAGGAGUUUGUGCCUGGCGUGAAGUACUGAGCACCCCGGUAGGCUCUGGAAGGACUGUAUCCCUGCUUUGGGAAUGUGAUGGGGAUGGAGGGAGCGGAGCAGCCCCCAGCUGGACUCUGCACCGCGCGGAGCCGCUGCACGUGGUGAAUCUUCCUCUAUGCUUCAAGUACCUUCUCCCCCCCAUCCUGUUUUCUUUUUUACCUCCUCCUUUGUAUCAUUUAUCACCUUUUUGGGGCAGUUUUUGCAUCCCAGGACUCCUGGCCUUUAGGUCUAUCCUGGAGCCCAGCACUUCCCUCUGCUUCCCAAGCCCAUUUCCAUGUGCGCUCCAAACCCGUCACCUUGUUUGAGUAGGAUUCAUAGGGAUCCCCCUGUACCCUCCCCAGAGGCAGCAAAGCCACCCCA